AAUCGCUCUUUCGUCAUCCGUCACUUUGACCAAUCACAGCGGAGUAAGCGACCUGCGAGGCGGAAACUUCAAUUUGAAUCGCCGAGUUUAGAGGGGGAGUAGAAAAUACUCCACAACGAAAGGUCCCCCCCAACGGGAAAGAUGGACUGGUUCCACUGCAACCAGUGCUUCAAGAAAGGCGGGUCAAAGUUUGCUGUGUCCAGCUGUGGCCACAUCUGCUGCGAAGCUUGCAUUAAGUCAAAGCAGUGCAGAGUGUGUGGGGCAAGCUGCAGCUACCUGCCCAUCACCGCUGAGAUGAAGCCACAGGAAAAAGUGUUCUUCAUGGACCCCGUCAAACUCAUUCAGUCGAGGAUGGCCAACAUAUCCCAGAUUGCCGCUUUCCAGCAGAAGCAGACGGAGAGAGUCACGGUCCACUUUAGGAACAAAUCCUGCGAGCUGGAGAGGCGCCUGAAGGAGGUUUCCGAGCAGAGCUACAGGCAACUGUCGGAGCUGAAAAGAGAGAAGGACGAGCUGAAGGAGCAGCUGUCGGAGCUGGAGAGACACGACGGCGCGAUGAAGAGGCAGCUGCUGGAGCUGCGAAGGGAAACGGCCGAGCUGAAAAAGCCGCUCUCUCAAAGGAGGGUUUCUCCUGGACAGUUUCAGACUAACGGGACGCAGAGGGUCUCGCUGCCGGUCGCCGUUACCUCGCCGGUUACCCCUCGUUCAAGGUCUGUGAGUCAUGUAGGCUCAGCAGAGUCUGAGAGGUGGGCCAGAGAUCGAGGUAUUUCACUCAACACUCCUGGAUCCAUCGCUUCCAUGUCCAGCCGCAGCACCCUUCAUGAAUUCAGGACACCACCAUCUUUCCACACUCCUACAAGAACCCAGACCCCUGGUUUCCAGUUCCCAUUUAUGAAUGGACUCUCUCACCAGUCGACCAGACAAUGACCAAUUCUCCUCUGGAUGGGAACGUCGUCGAUACGCAUGAAACCAUUAGUGAUUCAUUCAGCCGAGCCAGAACAACGGCCAAUUAAACAAAUACUUUUUCAGUCUUUGUAAAGAAAGUCCCCCCUCCCUCCAAUGUUGAAAGACCUUGCCUCAUUGU